AUGGAAACUAAGCAACCUGCCAAAGAGACACGGCGCUUCCAUCGAAAGUCGAGAAACGGGUGCAUGCAAUGCAAAAAGCGCCAUGUCAAGUGUGACGAGAACAAGCCUUGCUGUGGCAAUUGCGCGCAAACAAAUCGCACCUGCAGCUUCCUGCGUAUGAUGCCCAGCAUUCCAACAGCAUUAGCUACUACUGCUGCCUUUCCAGCGACGUUCUCAAGAAGCUCAGGGCCCCCAACGCCAACAUCUGCAAAUUCAUGCCCAGCGGCAGCUAGCAUUGCAGCUCCUGCAGUGCCAUUCGACGCAGGCGCAAGACUUUUCACUAGUUACUCACAAACACCCGAAUUCAGUCUAGCCGAUCUCUCAAUGCUGCACCACUUCACCGCUAACACCUGCCCCAGUUUGACGUCCAGCCCGGACGUCCAGCAUCUUUGGGCAACGACAGUAGUACAAAUGGCCCUGCAGCAUCGUUUCCUGCUCCACGGUGUACUAGCCCUUUCAGCCUUGCAGGGAGCCUAUACCGCCAGACCUGAAGAUAUCAAUAAUAGCCGCCAGCUCGUCGAGUAUGCAACCAGACACCAGGCCAUCUCGCUAAGCUUAUAUCAGCAUGCGCUUGCGAACCCGACGCCGGGACAACAUGAUGCUCUGUUUGUGUUGUCUGUGGUGAUAUUCAUGCUAGCCAUUGCGACUUUGCGCGAUGAAAACCCACAAACUGGCGCGGGGGAUAUCAACCUGGACUUCAAAUGGAUACGCCUAGCUCGUGGAAUUCUAGUUGUCAGCCAGGAUCAUUUUGAGGAAAUAGUCCGUGGACCUUUGUCCGUCUUGAUGAAGGACAAUAUCCCUCUACACCCUGAACAAGGCGAGGAAGAAGCAUUGCCAUAUGAUUUGCAGAAUUUGCAUAUGUUAUGGCGAAGCGAAGAUUUAUCUGUGCCCUCGCCGGGUGCGGGCUCAGGGAUGUUUCCAUUUCCACGAUACGAAACGCGCAUAAUAUCCAAGACAGAUCGACAAGCGUACGAAGAGGCAUACAAGGCUUUAAUCCUUACCCGUUCGCGCGUGCACGAGGCUGUACGCAGUCUACAACUCGAUGCAGAGUCGGCAACAACAGACCAUCCUCUACCUAUGGCAAUUAAUGCCCGUAUUCAUGACCGCAUACGGGCCGAAACCUUCACGUGGGUUCUCCGCGUACCGGAGCAUUAUAUCGAGCUACUCGAGCAGCAUCAUCCUAUUGCACUAAUAAUCCUCACCCAUUAUGCGGCACUCUUGUGCGGAGACCGCCAGUCAUGGUGGUCCGUUCCCAGUGCACGUGCGAUCAUCUCGCGGGUUUGGGGAUUUUUGGACGACAAGUCGAGACAGUGGAUUGAAAGCCCGAUGGCGGAUGUCCGACGUGCAGACGGUUAG